CGGGCCCCGCCCCGCGGCGACCCGAGCAACCGCCAACCAGCAGCGGCGGGCGGCAGCACCGGCGCGCCACUUCGAGAUUCCGGCGGGCGGGCGGGCGCAAUUCGUCUCGGCCGGGCCAAUCCGCGGCCCCGCCAAUCCGGAGGUCAGCUCAAUUCCCCGUCGGAUUCGUGUCGGUUCGCGCCCAUUCCCCGCCGGAGAUCCGGGCGGCACGAGCUCGCCGGCGCCCGGGAUCAUGCCUCCAUUGCCCUAGGGUUUGGCCGGCGCGCGCAAUUGGUCCGCCCGCAUGCUCGAUUCGGGCCAGCGGCACCGCGUCCGGGGCGGCUGGUAGGCAAUUCGUGCGCUGCCACUGGAGAUGAGAUCCCCUCCGCGGCCGGCGAGCUGGGAAUUGGUCUACGGCCUCGCGCUCUGCGGGAGGCGGCAUAAGCCCUAGUGAUUCGAUCCCGAGCUGGGUUUCGUGCGGAUUCGUGGCUUCUGUGCUCCGUCUCCCAAUCACAUAUUGGGGGGGUUCCGAGGGAGGGGUGGUGGUUGUAUGGAUACAGUUAGAGGGGAGGCUUGGUCGAUGGCUCCACCUCAGCAGCAGCGGCAGCCGUCGGGGCCUCGGGGUUCGCAACCGCACCCGCCGCAGCAGCAGCAGCAGCAGAAUGGUCGCAUUGAUCUCCGGGAGCUCAAGGCUCAGAUGGAGAAGCGGCUUGGUCCGGACCGGUCGCGGCGCUACUUCGGCUACUUGAGUGGCUACCUGUCGCAGAAGCUCAGUAAGCCUGAUUUUGAUAAGAUGUGCCUGCUUACAUUGGGCCGGGAGAACCUCCGGCUGCACAACCGGCUCAUCCGCGCGGUUCUCUACAAUGUCUACCAGGCACAGUGCCCACCUCCACCACCAGAUGUUGGGAGGUCCGUCGGACCGUCGGGGAAGAAGGGUUCCCAGGCUGCUGGAUUGCUUAAUUCUUGUAACGGGGAUGCCAGGCUGUUACAGGUCCAAGGAUCGAGGUCUAUGGGCGCACUGCAAGAUCAUCAGUUGAAAGAUCGGUUGAAACAUAUGGGCCCAAAUGGUAGGGUGGAGGCUGUUGCCAGUCACACCCAGGUUGUUCAUGGGGGAUCUGCAGUUACAGAGAACGGCGCAUUAAGUUCACUUGAGUUGAAGAGAUCAUUGUCUUUUCAACAAUGUGAAGCUGCAGAGCCAUUGGCAAAGCAUCUGCGUGUGGACCAGUUGCUACCUGAAAAUGCGCUUAGGCAAAGAAGAAUUGUGAGCGAUGCUGCAGGUCAUUCUGCUCAAAUGGCGAAAAGUCCUGUGCGAGCUCCACUUGGGAUACCCUUUUGUUCAGCAAGUGUAGGUGGAUCAAGGAAAUUACUACCGCCAGCUGUUAAUGCAGGGGAAGAUCACUUCAGCAGCUGUUAUGAGCAAGGUCAGCUGUUGAACACGGAGGUUCUGCGUAAGCGCAUGGAGAAAACAGCAGAAACACUGGGUCUGGCAGGUGUCACAAUGGAUUGUGCUGAACUUCUGAAUAAUGGUUUGGACUCGUACUUGAAGAACCUGAUUAGGUCAUCUGUUGAGUUAAAAGGAGCUGAUGUUCGAAGAGAUGCAAGAAAAGGGGCAUCAUACAAGCAGCAUGCCCAUGGAAAGCAAAUUAAUGGUGUUUGGUUGCCGAACCAAGUUCAGAUGCAGUCAAGCAGUGGACAAUCAGAUGCUACAAAUGAUAGCAGAAGUCAACACUUGAUCUCUGCUCAUGAUUUCAGUGUAGCCAUGCAGCUAAACCCUCAACAGCUUGGGGAGGACUGGCCAGUCCUCCUUGAGAAGAUAUGUCUACGUCCUUCGGAGGAAAACGACUGACAGAUGGAGCUUGCUAGUUCAGAUGAAAUUUUGUCCGAUGUAUUUCUUCGUGCCCCAUCUGAUGUACAUUCAAGCUGAAGUAACAGUACUGCAGUCACAUCAUAGAAGAUGCAUGUUUGGGGAUCAAGGCAGAAUUCUGCUCCCAGAUUUGUUGUGAAAGAAAGUCAAUUCUUUUGUCCUGAUAAUUGAUGCCCCAAUAAAGGAAGUCAUCUUCUGUUCAUGCUGCAUAGGGUUCAUUAGCACUCCCGCGGUGGAGACUGUUACAUCCAUAAGUCCCGACUUCUAUGUAACAUCUGGCAUAAAGGGACAGAGGACAGCAAAAUGCAAGUGCUGUCUUGUAACUUAUAGGAAAAUGUUCUGUAAGUUUCUAGGUCAGGAUGUACAUUAUUGAUUGCAAAAUUUUCUAGAGUAUCUUCAGUACUAAUUCAGGAUCAUGGAUGUUAAUUUUAUUUAAAUUCUUUGUAACUUUUUUGCAAGUUAUAUUCUAGAUCCAAUAUUUCUCUUUUCA